UCGCCCUGCCAAGGCCUAUGGAAGACAGAAGGCAAGACCUGCUCAGCUUUGGCCUCUGUGGCUAUGAAGAUGGUCCAGGGGACUUGCUCUUUUGAUUUUUCGAGAGAAAUCAGGAAUCAGAUGGAUGUGAAAUAUUAUUUUUAAAUACUGGCAACACUGGUCAUUGAAAAGUCUGGGGGCUAAUCUGACAGUGCUGGUGGGGUCCACAUGGGACUUUUGCACCAGGGCCUGCAGAGGUGAGGACACAAGACUUGCAAGAGUCAGGCCACACAGAGGAGUUUCAUAAAUUCCAACAGAGAAGUAGAAAGUACUGAGGAUGACAGCCACAGUGCCACGUCUUGCUGUGGUGUGAAGCUGUUGAACCCAGCCAGAGGUGGGCCACAUCCUCUCGUGCCCUCCCACACACCAGGACACCUGCUGGCCCUCCAGGUCUACAGAGCCCUGGGCUCCUGCCUUGGGCUGGUCUGCCUGGGCUGAGUGGAGGUUGGGAGGUGGAGAAGGCGGCAUGGACUCUGUCUACAAGGGGUUGCAGUAGUGAGCAAAGGGGCAGGAAGCCCGGAGGUGUGCUGGCAGGUCCAGGACACAUGGUGCCAGAGCGGGGGCAGGGCUCGCCAAGAUGCCCAUCGUGAUGGAAGAUGUCAUGAAGCUGCUAUGCUCCAUCUCUGGGGAGAGGAAAAUGAAGGCGGCCGUCAAGCACUCUGGUACAGGUGCCCUGGUCACAGGGGCUGUGGCCUUCGUUGGUGGUCUGGUCGGAGGUCCACCUGGACUAGCUGUUGGAGGGGCUGUCGGGGGCCUCUUAGGUGCAUGGAUGACAAGUGGACGGUUCAAGCCAAUUCCUCAGAUCAUAAUGGAGCUGCCACCCAGUGAGCAGCAAAAGCUCUUUAAUGAAGCCUCCACCAUCCUCAGGCACCUGGACUGGACGGACGCUGUGCAGCUGACCACACUGGUCAUGGGCAGCGAGGCCCUGAAGCAGCAGCUGCUGGCCAUGCUGGUCAACUACGUCACCAAGGAGCUCCGGGCUGAAAUUCAGUAUGAUGACUAGGUCGUUCCUCCUGGAAGUGGGGAUCUCAUUUAGAUGAUUCCUGGGCCUCCCAGGCGGGGACGGGGAGUUGGGGAAGCCCCACACCAUCAUGUAUUACCUAAACGGAGUGAAACCUGCUGGAGAAGCUCCUAUUGUGCUGUAUCAUGUUCUGGAAAUUAUUUAUGAAGACACUGGAUUUUGAGUCGUGUGCACUAAUAAUGCAUAGUGACACCCCUUUUGCUUGGAGGCUGGUGAAAAGUGAAGCCGUGCCUGCUGCAGACGUGGAUGACAGCUUCUUGAAUCCACAGUCAUUCAUAUGGGGGCACAGCAGGAGGCCUCUGUGUUCCGUCUCCUCACCUGUGACGAUGAGCCCUGUCUGAAGCACCUAUUACAGGACUGGUUCCUCCCCUGGGGCUCAGGGGCUUAGGGCCAAGAGCUGCCCCGUGCCGGAAUCAUGUUUACCUCAUGUGUCGCCUCCCUGACCAGUGGCUGAGUGGCCCCAUGGAGGGGCAGUUGCCUGGGGAGCGAAGCCAAAAACAUCCAGGCACCCAGCCCUUCUCUACGCAGCACACCUGGGCCCUCCUCUUCCCAGGGGCUUCGUCUCAUCAUCGGACAAGUCGUGGUAGUUCUUGAAUUUUGCUUUUAAAAUGAAGUACUUACAGCAAAGAAAAUGACUCUUUCUGAUGUGGUGGGAUCUAAGCAAUGCGUCCACCCUGAAUUUCCCCUAAUACUGUAUUCCCUUGGCUUUCAGAACCCUAACUUGACUAGGUAUCAUCAAAUUGCAAUAAAUGUUUUCUGAACAGGA